ACUUUUUUAUGCAAUUGCCAAUUGGUGUCUACAUCUCAUUCGCUUUGCCGUUUGAUAGCAGCGAAUACAAGCAGAAGAAAAAACACUAUCUUUCACCUCAAAAUCUGAUUUUUUUAUACUGGGAUUGAAAAAUCUGUUGUAGAUGCCCGAAACAAUUUUAGAUUAAGAGAAAAAUCGGGAAGGGGGGACAGAGAAUUCAAGAACUCAUGAGUUGUUCAAAGCUGCUAUUCUUAUUUUUCAUCCAGUUGUUUUUAUGCAAACCCAUUUUUGCAGAAAAGAUUUUGAGCCCAGAAGAGCUGUCUGAAAUCCCCAAGAAUUUCCUCAACUUCGCCAAGAAAGAUGAGGUUUUUGAUUGGAUGGUGGGGAUUAGGAGAAAGAUACACGAGAAUCCUGAGCUGGGAUAUGAAGAAUUUGAGACGAGCAAACUAGUGAGAGAGGAGUUGGAUAAGAUGGGGAUUCCGUACAAGUACCCUUUUGCGAUUACUGGUGUGGUUGGAUAUAUUGGCACAGGGGAGCCUCCGUUUGUUGCAAUCAGAGCAGAUAUGGAUGCCCUUUCCUUACAGGAAAUGGUGGAAUGGGACCACAAGAGUAAGAACCAUGGGAAGAUGCAUGCCUGUGGGCAUGAUGCUCAUGUUGCAAUGCUUCUUGGUGCAGCUAAGAUACUUCGAGAGCACCUCCACCUUCUAAAGGGAACAGCUGUGCUCGUUUUCCAGCCUGCAGAGGAAGGGGGUGGAGGGGCAAAGAAGAUGAUAGAAGGUGGAGCACUUGAGAAUGUCGAGGCAAUCUUUGGCAUCCAUUCGAGUACUUUCUUGCCACCAGGUGAGGUCUCGACUAGAUCCGGUCCUCUCCUGGCAGGGAGUGGCUUCUUUGAAGCUGUAAUAAGUGGGAGAGGUGGGCAUGCAGCCAUUCCUCAGCACUCGAUAGAUCCAAUAUUAGCUGCAUCAAACGUGAUUGUCAGUUUACAGCACCUUGUCUCCCGAGAAGCUGAUCCUCUCGACUCUCAGGUAGUCACAGUUGCUAAGUUUCAAGGCGGUGACGCAUUUAAUGUCAUCCCGGAUUCUGUUACAAUCGGUGGCACUUUUCGCGCCUUCUCCAGCAAGAGCUUGCUGCAUCUUAAGCAGCGAAUAGAACAGGUAACGAUGCUGGAAAUCUUGAACUGGUCCUUCGUAUUUCUUCACGAUCAAUGCUCGUUUAGAUACGUUGAGUUAGUUGUGAUUCGCUUAGCCUACUCCACAUUUGGAACGAAACAAAAAUCCUCUUUUCAUCGGACAUAUUGUGCCGUUCCCUCUCAUGAUCGCGGCCAGCUGUCAAUUUCUGCCUGGCCCAGCCUGGCACAGCAAGGCACGGUGGAGCGCCUGAUUUCAGGCUGGGCUGAGGUGCAAAUAUUCUGCCCUGAAAAAUUUCAACCCGGCUCAGUCCGAGAGGCCGAUUUAGCCCGAGAAAACUGGCCGGCCGGGAAUCCCUAUAGACGAAAUGCCUUUUUGGGCCGGGCCAGGCUAGAAUCAAGGUGGUCCGAAAAUUUUUCAGCCCGGUGGACUCGGACCGACCCGGCCACUUUGAUGGCUUUAGUUUUGAGCGUAUACUUUGUGUGAUAGAUUUGAUUGACAACACAUAUGACUGAGUAUGUGAAGGAUUAGAUGAUCAAAGAGGCUUAAGUUUGUUUAAUUCUAAGCCAUCACCCAAAGUAAACACGUUUUCGACUAAGCUUUGAUCUGUUCGCAGGUCAUCCUAGGGCAAGCCGCGGUGCAACGAUGCACCGCAACUGUCAAUUUCGAAGCAGAAAACAAGAUCUUCUUCCCUCCUACCGUGAACAACAACGACUUGCACGAGCUCGUUCAGACAGUUGCAGGCGACAUGCUUGGCGCUGCCGGAGUCAAAGGAAUGCAGCCGUUGAUGGGGUCGGAGGACUUUUCGUUCUAUCAAGAGACCAUCCCCGGCUACUUCCUCUUUGUCGGGAUGAAAGACGAGACGCUGGAGCAGCCAACCUUUCAUCACUCACCAUAUUUCACCAUCAACGAAGAUGGCCUCGCCGUGGGCGCUGCACUUCAUGCGUCAUUAGUCGUUCGGUACAUCUCCGAUGGCCGGAUGGGAGAUCCGGUCGAUCACCGUCGUCGUCAUGAUGAACUGUGAAUAUGAUGGUGGGUUGAUGUGCUCAAAUUUCAGUGGAAAUUGGCUGCAUAUGAAGCAAAUACUGCUUUAGUGGCGAGACAUACCAACCAAAUCUUGGAUUGGGUUUUUGGGUGUCACAUUACCUUUCAAAUGUACAUUUUUCAUUGAUAGAAAUAUAGUUUGGUUCCAAAAUACUUCAAUAAUAAUUAGGACAAUGUUCGAUUA